UAUGAAUUUAGAUUUCUCUAAACUAACAGUCUACACCAAUUCCCUCCUUGCUUAUAGGUUAUUUGUUUUGGGCUAGAAUAAUCCUCUAUUGGCUCCUUAAAUUAUACCUAAGCUUGAGGAAAAUGGUCUUUAUUUGUAAUACAUUCUCAUAUUUUCAUAGAGCAGCAGCUAAUUUGGCAGAAAAAUUAAAAACGUCGUAUUCCCGAGAAGAAUUGAAUAAUGCUCGCAAGACCAUUACAGAGAAAAAGAAUUAGAUCGGCCAAACUAAAAAUUUAUAAAAUAGAAAUGCUUUAAAAGAACUCUUCAUCUAAUUAGGAGACUUAUACUUUAAAUAUGGAGACUUAGUUGAAGCUUAUGCUGCAUAUUACAAGGCCCAUGAGAAUAAUUAAACCCAAGAAGCCCUAAAUUAUGCCAAUUCAUGGGUGACCUGCAUGAUUUUAAGCAAUAAUUACAUGCACUACAAAGUUAUUAAUGUCAGUCCCAAAGACUCAGAUGUUAAAGGAUAUCAGAAGUGGCUAUUAUUAAGUGCCAUCAGAAAUUACGUAAGAAUGGAUUACAAGAACUUUUUAAUUGACCUAUUACAAAUUGAUACAAAUCAUCUUGAAUCAGUGGACUUUAUCACAAGCUAUUUUGAUCUGAGCAAAUAUUUUGCAAUAGCUAGUCUAAUCACCAAAUUACCUAAGGAUAUCAUUGAAAUAUUAUAGAAUCCAUUCAUUAUUAGAAUACUUGAUGCAGAUUCCUCAGUGUUGGAGACGUUGAAUUGCUACAUAGAUUACGAUUUUGUUCAAUUGAUUUAGAAAUCUUAAUUGCUCAUCGUACUAUUAUUUCAUAUUUUUAGAUUGAAUUGGAAAGAGAUGUCAUCUCAGCUCCACUCAUCUCAUAAAUCAAAGAAAAAGUCAUUAAUACAUUACUUAAAUAAGUAAGUCUUAUUCUAUAUUAAUUAGUAUAUCAUUAAUUUCAAAAGAAUGUCCUUGGUAUCAUUAGCCAAUUUAUUGAAUUUAAAGCAGUUUGAAGCUCAAAUGUUAGUAGAAAAUUUGAUUAAAACAGAAGGCCUUAAUUAUGUUAUUGAUCCAAUAGAAAUGAUUAUUCAUGAAAAAUACACCAAUGAAUAAUAGCAAAUACGCCAAUGUCAUUAACUCGGAAUAACAGUUUUAAAAGCAUUGGAUCAUAAAUAUUUCUAAAUUCUACAAGAUUAAAAAUGAAAAUGUUAUAUCAACACAAG